AUGGACGCUGGCAGGCCGGGGUGGACGCUGGCAGGCCGGGGUGGACGCUGGCAGGCCGGGGUGGACGCUGGCAGGCCGGGGUGGACGCUGGCAGGCCGGAACGGACGCUGGCAGGCCGUGGCGGACGCUGGCAGGCCGGAACGGACGCUGGCAGGCCGUGGCGGACGCUGGCAGGCCGGGGCGGACGCUGGCAGGCCGGGGCGGACGCUGGCAGGCCGGGGUGGACGCCAGCAGGCCGGGGCGGACGCUGGCAGGCCGGGGCGGACGCUGGCAGGCCGUGGCGGACGCUGGCAUGCCGUGGCGGACGCUAGCAGGCCGUGGCGGGGGCUGGCAGGCCGUGGUGGACGCUGGCAGGCCGGGGCGGACGCUGGCAGGCCGGGGCGGACGCUGGCAGGCCGUGGUGGACGCUGGCAGGCCGGGGCGGGGGCUGGCAGGCCGUGGUGGACGCUGGCAGGCCGUGGUGGACGCUGGCAGGCCGGAACGGACGCUGGCAGGCCGGGGUGGACGCUGGCAGGCCGGGGCGGGUGCUGGCAGGCCGGGGUGGACGCUGGCAGGCCGGGGCGGACGCUGGCAGGCCGGGGUGGACGCUGGCAGGCCGGGGCGGACGCUGGCAGGCCGGGGUGGACGCUGGCAGGCCGGGGUGGACGCUGGCAGGCCGGGGCGGCGGCUGGCAGGCCGGGGUGGACGCUGGCUGGCCGGGGCGGACGCUGGCAGGCCGGGGCGGACGCUAGCAGGCCGGGGCGGACGCUGGCAGGCCGGGGCGGACGCUGGCAGGCCGGGGCGAACGCUAGCAGGCCGGGGCGGGCGCUAGCAGGCCGGGGUGGACGCUGGCUGGCCGGGGCGGACGCUGGCAGGCCGGGGCGGAUGCUGGCAGGCCGGGGCGGACGCUGGCAGGCCGGGGCGGACGCUGGCAGGCCGGGGCGGACGCUAGCAGGCCGGGGCGGGGCUGGCAGGCCGGGGCGGACGCUAGCAGGCCGUGGCGGACGCUGGCAGGCCGGGGUGGAUGCUGGCACGCCGGGGCGGACGCUAGCAGGCCGGGGCGGGGGCUGGCAGGCCGGGGCGGACGCUGGCAGGCCGGGGCGGACGCUAGCAGACCGGGGCGGGGGCUGGCAGGCCGGGGCGAACGCUGGCAGGCCGGGGCGGACGCUGGCAGGCCGGGGCGGACGCUGGCAGGCCGGGGCGCACGCUGGCAGGCCGGGGCGGACGCUGGCAGGCCGGGGCGGACGCUGGCAGGCCGGGGCGGACGCUGGCAGGCCGGGGCGGACGCUGGCAGGCCGGGGCGGACGCUGGCAGGCCGGGGCGGACGCUAGCAGGCCGGGGCGGGGGCUGGCAGGCCGGGGCGGACGCUAG